GCACGAAUCCAAGCAACAUCACCUUCUCCAACCUCCAGUAUCAAAAACCCAGCCGAAGAAGAAUCACAACGAAACCUAGAAAUCGGAACAGCAGCCUUGGAAGCUGGAAAUGUGGCAGAUGCAAAGACAGCCUAUGAACGUGCAAUCAGCAUCUUCGAAACAGCUUCCGCACAUUUCAACUUGGGAGUUUGUCAAUAUCAUGAAAAAGAUAUCGAAUCUGCUAUUCAAUCUUGGAAAUCAACUUUACGUCUUUCUCCCGAUUCGGCUGACGCACAUACCAACCUUGCAAGUGCUUAUGUUAUGAGCGUUCCCAGUAGACCUGAUUUGGCAAUCGAACACCUAAAACAAGCAGCUGCAAUCACUCCUGAUGACGCAGAAGUACAGUUUAACCUUGGUGCAGUUUUGGAAGCAUGUGAACAAUUGGACGAAAGUAUAAAAGCAUACGAACGUGCUCAAAAAGGAGGUAUUGAACGUGCAAAGGAGAAUGUUAGAAACGUCAAAGCAAAAAUCUUGGCAAUCAAGACAGCACCUAAACCUGAAGGAUUAGAAGAA